UGUGGCUCAAGUUUUGCAGUUUGUAUAUAGUAGAAUGAAUUGGACUUAUUUUCCUUGUUAACCCUGUAUAUUAAUGGCUACCUAUUUGUAAAUUUUAUAAUUUCAUCUAUGGUUUAUGAUAAAUAUAAUUAUAUGUACAUUCAAGAUGGAGCCACUCGAACAGUUGAAAGGCCAGGAUUCCUACAAGUAUUUGGGAGUUCUCGUUUCUGUUACGAUGACUACCGGGGAUGUUUUAAAGGGCGAAUUAUACUGCCUGGAUACCCACAAGGGGCAAACAUUAGUAAUAAAAUCUGAGGGAGAUGAUGAGAAUUUUACUUUCCAUAUAUUGAGAUUAUCAUCGAUUAUCAACUUUGAAGUUUUAGGACGUCUCAACGACACCGCCGGCGAACUAACUCGCAUGACCUACGACGAUUUCGCUCAUUUUAAAUCAAUGGUUAGUAGAAACGGUGAAAACAUGAAUAAGAAAAAUCAUUAACCUCAAUUUAUUAUUAUAAACCGCU